GAUAAUUCUUAUGUUUCCAAGGGAGGAUCAGACGAUAGAUCUUAUGGUUGGAAAGCACAUCAAGAUCUCAUUGUAACCAGAGGAGAUAAAUUCCGAGCCGAGAAGAAUAAGAAGAAGCGAGGUUCAUACCGUGGUGGUCAGAUCGAUUUCCAGAGCCACAGCAUUAAGUUCGACUAUGAAGACGAGUAG